AUGUCUGCUCCAAUCGUUAUUGAUGCUAAGGGACAUAUCCAAGGCCGUCUCGCCGCCGCCGUCGCCAAGCAGCUCCUCAAGGGUCGCAAGGUUGUCGUUGUUCGCUGCGAAGAAAUCGAAUUGAACGGCCAGCACAAAUUCACAGUCCACACCUACGAACGCUUCCUCAACAAGACAACAAACUCCAACCCACGUGAUGGUCCAUUCCAUCAGCGUGCUCCACACGAGAUUUUCGCUCGUGCCGUCCGCGGAAUGAUCCCAUACAAGACACACCGUGGUGCUGAUGCUUUCGCUAACCUUCAAUGCUACGAAGGUAUCCCAGCUAAGUAUGUCUCCUACAAGCGCCUUGUUAUCCCACACGCUCUCCGCUGCGUUUCCAUCCACACAGACCGCCCAACAACAAAGCUCGGAAGACUCUCCACAACAAUGGGUUGGAAAUAUGGCAACGUCGUUGCUCAACUCGAAGAACAGCGCAAGGCUGAAUCAGCCAAGUACUUCGAAGCUAAGAAGGCUGCUCAGGACAAGAGAGCCGCUGCCAUCGAGAAGGUUAACAAGCAACUCGGUGCUCAGGCAGUCAAAUUCCUUGAAACCUUCCAGGAAUAA